AUGUCUCUUGCCCGCCUCAAGCUCCCUGCGCGCAGACUACCCACCCGCGCCGCCUGCGUUCGUCUCUCCUCCACGGCAUGCCCUCCCAGCUCCCCCAACCGCCCCCUCUUUCCCUGUGUCGACGCCCAUGCCGCACGCGAGUCGCGACUAAUGGCCUCCUUCGCCGCGCAAUCCUCCCCUCAUACCCCUGGCGACGUCUGUGACACCGGCCCAGAACCACCCUAUGCACGUCCUAACCCCACCUCCUACCACAUCUACCACCACCGACACCCUCUUCCCCUCACAUACUACUCGACACCGCUGCCAUCCUUCGACAUUGCCUACGAGACAUGGGGCACACUAUCCCCCAACAAGGACAACGUUAUCCUCCUCCACACCGGUCUCUCCGCCUCUUCACACGCUGCGUCAACCCCCGCGAACUCGGCCCCAGGUUGGUGGGAGAACUUCAUUGGCCCGGGCAAGCCCAUCGACACCAACACAUUCUUCGUCAUCUGCACCAAUGUCAUCGGGGGCUGCUAUGGCUCCACCGGCCCUUCUUCCAUCGAAGACGCGACUGGCAAGCCAUGGGCAACCCGCUUCCCCAUCGUCUCCAUCUUCGACAUGGUCAACGCCCAGUUCGCCCUCCUCGAUCACCUCGGCGUCCAGAAACUAUACGCGAGCGUCGGAUGCUCCAUGGGAGCCAUGCAGAGUCUGGCCGCCGGCUGGUUGCACCCACAACGCGUCGGGAAGAUCGUCAGUAUCAGUGGUACAGCCCGGAGCAGUCCGUCAGCUGUCGCGAUGCGCUUUGCACAGCGUAGCGUCCUCAUGGCCGACCCCAACUGGAACAACGGCUUCUAUUACGACGGUCUUCCUCCACAUACCGGCAUGAAACUAGCCCGUCAAAUCGCGACCAUUACAUAUCGCUCCGGUCCUGAGUGGGAUCAGCGAUUUGGUCGACAGCUUCGACCGCUUCCUGACACCGAAGAACACCCUCCUGGGAGCCCACGAACGCCCGUCCUGUGUCCUGACCUGCUUAUUGAGACCUACCUGGAUCACCAGGGCGAAUCCUUCUGUCUCAAGUAUGAUGCGAACUCGCUCAUCUACAUCUCGAAGGCGAUGGAUCUGUUCGACAUGACACUCUCGGCUCUGGAGUCACUCAACAUCCAGUCAUCCGGCGUGCAUCCGUCAGCCCUCGACUCGGCUUCCUCCGACCCUACGCAGCAGCCCCAUCGGACUUCUCACUCGAAAUCGCAUCCCCCUCCUGUCAACCCCCCGCCGUAUCUACCCGACCUCGCCGCGGGUAUGCAGCCGCUGAAAAAUAUACCAACGCUGGUCCUUGGAGUGCAGAGCGACAUCCUAUUCACGGUUGAGCAGCAGCGCGAGGUAGCCGACGCGCUACGAAUGGGAGGCAAUGAAAACGUCAGCUACUACGAGCUGGGUGGUGUCUGGGGCCACGACACAUUCCUGAUCGAUGUCCUCAACGUUGGCGGUGCUAUCCGCGGCUUCCUGUCAUGA